CACACGAGUAAGUUAUUUUUUAAAGUUGCAAAAGAAUUCCUUAUCCAACAAUCACUCGUUGUGUACCCUCAUUUCAUCUUACCUCCUGUUUGAUCGACAGUCCGAUAAUGUCAAUCUGAAUCACAACUAUUGAUGCCACUCGAGGCAUGACGUCAAAUGUUAAAUAUCAAAAACAUAAUUAACAUAGGUCACUGCAGAUAUGUUUUCACUAUGUUUAAGUCAUAAUGGGACGAUGAAAUACAUAUUGUCUAUCAUCGACAAUCUUCUCGUGUUGGUCAAGUCUAAUGACUUGUAAAAUAAACAAUGAUAGAUAUAUAAAUCAACAAUAAAAGUAAAUCAAUAAAUGAUUGAAAAACAACAUAUUCCCUCAAUAUUUGUAUUAAAGUAUUGCAUCAGUAAGCAUUGAACAUAGUCCUGUUGAAGACGAUUGAUAACAAAUGUAACUGAACUACAUGUACUUGUAUUCACUGUUUUAAAGGAUUAGGUAACAUGAUUUUUUUUUUCUGGGCACAAAUUCUAAAACUUAUAUUGCAGAAUUUUACAGGGUGUUCUAUAUACUCUUCCCAUCAUGCACAUAAGUGAAAGCAAACAAAAGAUAUAAAUCACUCACACGUUUUUUGAGAAAGAUAAAGAAUUGUGAUUAGAAUUUCAAUGUUUUUUAUUGUAAAAAUAAAUUAGAAUUAAAAACUGAGGAGUUUUCCCUCAAAGUCGUACAUUUAUACUAAUUAAGAAUCAUAACAAAAUUAUAGAUAUAAUGAUAGAAUAUUAUUGGAUACCUCAUAUGUGAUAUUUUGAUGUGAAUGUAUUUAUGUAUACAAACAAAAUUAAAUUAAAUCUUUCUUGAGAAGUUCUUUAAACAAAACGUUGACGGACAAAUGACAGACGCUGCGCCACGGUUUAAGGUCACAUGGUCAUUUGCCAUUGGUGAGUUGAGUUAAAAGCGGUGAGUAGAAAAUUAUGUAUAUCAUUAAGGUUCAUAUUAUGCAUGUAUACAUUGUUUAAUGCUACAAUAAUAUCGUAAUCAUGGAAUUUCACUUUAUAUUUCAGAAACUCCGUUUUGUGUACGAAUAGAAAUGAUUUCAAUCCAUUCCUUCCUUGAAAAUAGAACUAUACUGUACAUGUAAUUAUCAUAUAUAUAUAUUGCAGUAUAUAUAUAUAUACAUCAUUCUUAAUAUAAAACUCAUUAACACAAUUUGUAACUACAUCCCAUUUAUUAAUAUUAUAUUUAAGAGUAUCGUUGCUAAAAACGAAAUAUUAAGGAUUUCUUUAGUUUAAGACAUAUAUCGUGUAUCCAAUUAUAACCGGCCUCUGUAUUUGAAUAUGUUGACAAAUAGUAUUCUUUGCAAACUUAGAUUAGACAUGUAAGUCAUGUGGGUAUUGUCCUCCUUUCUGCUUGAGCGAUUCGUCACUUUUAACAAUAUAAAAUCAUAGGAGUCGACUUUGCUAUAUCAGAAAUCAGAAAUGACAAUAUUUAAGGCAGUGUCUACUUACUGUGGUCCUUUUCUCUUACUUUUGUGUUACUAUAAGCAUGCUUCUUCUUUGAGGUAUCCGACCUACAGCUAAUAGUUGUCGUCACGUUCUUGGCCAACCUUAGUUCUCGAAAAAAAACAACAAAAAAACAAACAAACAAACAAACAAAAAACGAAAACAAAACAAAAAUCAUAUUAUCAAUUGAAUUUGACGUUUCGAACCAACUAGGAUUUUCUCAUACAUUUCGAGGAAAUCAUGAACUAAGUUUGUGCUAUUAUUUCCCACACCAUUGCUAUCCCCAAACCUGUGAAUUUUAUAACGUCAAUGUUAACUUUCCUACCUUGAUUAGAGUUUAUGUAGGAAAAUGGAGCUUUACAAUACACUUGGUUUACUUUCAAUCGAAGAUCGCCUUAACAUGAUUGGAAUAUUUUCCAUUAGAAAGAUAAUCAAAUGCAGGAUUAGGUUUAUCAAAAUGCACAAACAAAUCCUUACGUGUGACCUGCUCUAGAACGUCCGUUAAUGUAAUAUGUAAUCCGCCAAAUAUCUAACUCAUUUAGGGAUACAAACCAGGGGUUUCGGAUAACUUUAUCUUCAGCUUUUUUACUGUAGUUUGCCGAAGUACUUAUUAGUCAAUUAUAAUUAGUGAUAUUUCUGUUGUUCACUGUUUAGAUUUAUAUUGCUUUAAUUUUUAUGACAAGGCGCUUUAGGACAGCUUAUCAAUCAACAACUAAAUAAUAAUACUCUUGUCGGUUUUGUGUUAUUAGCACAACUCGUAAAAUACACGGCUAUGUGUAGCAUCCUGUAUGGUCUGCUUUCUAUGAUGCCAGCCGCCAUGACAACCUUAAGAGGGACCAGGAUAUUAAGUCGUGAUGGCUGUGUAUAUUAUAACCUGGUCGUGCAGACAUCCAGCGUGGCAAACAGAUUGCUUCUGUUGCUGCUUGUCAUAGAACAAUUCUGCAUUUUGGUUGGCAAACGAGGACUUCGGUUACGACCGUCUGCGCUGUGUGCUGUGCUGUUUGGGCUACUCGUCUUCUCGGUUUUGGUGUCCAGUUUUACCGUCCUUCAGAGAGACAAGUACAUCGCCAAAAGAAGUAUAUAUAUUUGUCUGCUUCCUCUGGAUUGGCUGACGGUAACGUACGAAAUUGGUUCUUAUAUUGUCCCCUGUAUGAUCAUUAUCUUUAUCACGACAUACGCAGUCUACAUCAGGAAGGAUGGACGCACAAACAGUGGGCUGUCGACAUCUACUGACAACCGCCCUACUCUGUUUUCGACCAAUGUACCGAAUGCCACAAUUUCUACAGCGCGGAUUCUGAUAACAGUACCAGCAUUGUGUAUAUUUGCGUCACUUAUGCGCCUCUUGGGUAGCGUUUUCAACUACGAUUCAUUGCUUUUAUUCUUUGCAUUAAUAUGCGAUGUCAUAACAUAUGCAAUGCAACCGCUGGCCUUCGUUUUUUCAAAGAAUGUCUUGAACAACAAUAUCACUGAAGCUUUCGUUAUUAGCUUUUCUCGUACUACUACAACGUCUGUGCAAUCGUCUCCUCCUUUACGUGUAAUGAAUGAAACGGAACCGAUUCCCUCUAUAAGCGACAGUCUUUCCUCAAAUACGGACGCGACAAAUGAAGACACUAUUGACAUGGAUGCAGUGACCGGGGACAAUGAUGAUAUUCCAGAGGACGCAUCAGGAAACAAGACGGAAUCAUCCAUUAUUGACAAUCAGAAUAGGUACGAUUUGUCCGUUAGCGAUAGCAAUGCCCAUUCGUCUCCUGUCGAGUUUGGAUCACUAUCAGACGUAUAUAGCUACGUCUCUACGUGUAGUCCUAGUCCGAAUGGAAUUGAAAAUGUCGACAAUGUCUUAUCGAAAGGAACAGAAGCUAACAUCGAAAACGUCCAGCAACAUUCUAUCAACGAGACAACGCGUAUUUCGCAUCCAUACGAACAAAUCAAAUGCAGUAAAUCGCAGAGACGCAAGUCUUCUGAAAAUAACUGGGCAAAAUCCUUUCAAAUGGUUCAAAAGGACAAUGUCAUGCAAAUGCACGGUAGCGUAAUGCAUGAUACGGAGCAUGAUAUAUCCAGCGUCCAUGUCAAUUUCAUCGGAAUAGCGUCAUCAAAACAAUAUUUGAUUUCCAUGGCACCUGGAGGACUUUUCAGGGAAUCGAGAGCAAAACAUCAGCGGAAAAGACCCUCUAGCUUGUUUAAAAUACAGGAAGAUUACUAUAGGAGAGAUAGCGACACAGGAGAAAUGAUUGUAGCAAAGUAUGAUUAAAGUAUGUGAUUACCAUAUAUCUUAUGCCGUAUAUGA